GCAAACAACUGGAUAUUAACACAAAUGUGUAGAAUGAUCUUUAUAUGCCGUGUUUGUGCGGUAUGUUUAACUGGACUGAUUCUGGCUGCGUCACAGGUGUCGUCUGCUGAACCAGUUGAUUGUGACUUCAGUAAGGAUACGUGCAGUUGGAAAAGUGUCAAGGUGUAUAAGAAAGGAAACGAAAAAAUCCCCAUCUGUGGCUUAAACGGGAACAUAAGUCAUUGUUUGUCCCCAGAGAAAUAUGUCGGUCAGAUUACUUGGACAAGAAUGAAGAUUGGUGAUCUAGCUGUCGACGAAAUAAAAUCAGGAUUUCGAAACUUGGAAAGUUUCGUAUUUGGUUUUGUUGACACAAAUGUUAUCAUUCCUGGAUUGGAUAAGAUUCGUACGUCAUUUAUAUUGAGUGAAAAUCUCCAGUUUAGCAAUCUACCCAGAAGUCUUCACUACCAGUACUUCCUGUAUGGAAGCACAACCUUGACAGUUUCGUAUCUAACAGAUAUCUCAUUAUACGAAAGCAAACUUAUUGCUGCUCAUGGAGUGUCCUCUUCAGGACAAACGAAUAUUACAAAAGGAUGUGUAGAUUUGCCUUUUGAAGCCGACGUCAAGAUAGUCUUUCAAGGAGUUUUUCAAGGGAGAAGAAUAGAGGCUGUAUUAUUGUCAGAAGUUGCCGUCAAGUAUGGACUUUGCAAUAAUGCUGACGUAGACGAAAUAUCGAAGACACUAAAGGGCAUGUGCAAAUUUGCUGUAGAAGAUUGUAUUUCGUCGGGGUUAAUUUUGCCUAACACUCAAAAUUCUACUCUAAACACCUCACUAUGCCCAUUUUGUGAAGGGAAAAACUUUAGUGUGUCAAAUGAGGGCCUUCCUAGUUCCUGCUUUUGUAAAGGGGACGAAGAAGUUUGUCAUGCCUGUAGAUGUUCCAAUACAGUCACCAGUACUUUUAUUAAAAAUCUGAAAUGCAAUGAAUUCUACCUUGAAAGCGCAACAAAAAGCAAUGAAAACUAUGCAUGGUUACACAAUCUGAAUAUAGAAUUAUUCUCCCUAUCAGUCUCAAAAAAUAAUACGAUUUUCAAUUUUGAUAAAUCUCGGAAAACUUCUUUAUUUAUUUCGGUUAGAGGACCACAUCAUUUUAUCCAUAUUUCAGAAGGGACUCUUAGUCUUAUUAUGGAUUCCACAAUGAAUUGGUAUAUUAUCAAUAACUUCAGUAACUCUUCUGUCUAUUUCAGCACAACUUUUGACUAUUUUUACUUCGCUCAAAACAAUUUAAGUAAAGCAACGCACAUUAAUGUUGGUAAUUUUAAAACGGUAGUUUCAACGAACUUCAGCAAUUGUAAUAUUCCGAAUCACACUCGUUUAUCCAUAGAUUCUAGAAUGGUUGAUUUGAGCGGAAACAAACUUACAUCCUUUGUGAUAAGUCAAAAUACUGAAUUUCUAUACAUAAAAAAUAACAUGCUUAGCGAUAUUGUAAAGAAUUAUGCUAACCUUGAUCAGCUUCAAUAUUAUCCACUGUCAAUUUUAGAUAUAUCAUUUAAUAAAAUAUCCAAAAUACGACGCGAAGAUUUUAGCUAUUAUGUGUUACUGGUAAGCUUAAACCUUUCUGGAAAUCUUAUCGAGCACAUCGAUGUGGAUAUUUUUUCAGAUCUCACAAUGUUAGUUUCGAUAGAUUUAUCAGAAAACAAAAUUUCACGAAUUCAACGAGAGCAUUUUAGAUCAUUGAGCCAACUGCGUUAUCUAUACAUUCAAAAGAACGAUAUUUUUAGUGUCUCUAGUGACAUCUUCCAUGGAUUAGUGAAUAUGAGAUACUUACAGGUGGAAUCCUUCUCAAUUUGCUGUGCUAAGCCCCAAUCGAUGUAUAACAUUGAGUGUGUUGCACCAGUGAACGAACUUUCCUCCUGUGACUAUUUGAUUGCAGUACCCAUACUUAACGUUGCAAUCUGGUACAUGGCACUAUUUGCGCUUUUUGGAAACUUAACGGUACUAUUUUACAAUGCGUUUCACUUGAAAAGUAAGACUCAAACUAGUUAUCUGAUCCUUACCAUUAAUUUAAGUUGUGCAGAUUUACUCAUGGGUGUGUAUUUGUUCAUCAUAGCCAUAGUCAACUUAGAUUAUACUGGAAGGUAUGGACUGAUGGAUUAUACGUGGAGGCAUAGCUAUCUUUGCAUAUUAGCAGGAAUCAUCGCUACUGUUUCAAGUGAAGCCUCCGUCUUUACUGUUUUUCUUAUCACUGUUGACCGAUUUCUGGCUAUCAAAUAUACUAUUUCAGAAAAACGUAUCACUAAGAAAGGGGCAAUUUUCAUUUGUUUUUGUAUUUGGACCCUGUCCCUAUUAAUAGCUACCCUUCCGUUACUUCCAUUCCCCACGUCUUUCUUUAACGAGUUCUAUUCACAAUCAGGGGUAUGCAUUUCAUUGCCAUUGUCUGUUAUUCGAAAAGUUGGCUGGCAAUACUCCAUGAUUAUUUUUGUUGGGCUCAAUACGGUUUUGUUCAUUGGAAUUUUGUCUGGACAAAUUGCCAUAUUUGUUGAGGCUUUGAAAAUAGGGAAAGAUGUUCGGACAUCAAAAAUCAGAGACAGGGAAAUUUCUUUGGCAAAAACGCUUAUAGCCAUUGUUAUCACGGACAUGUUUUGUUGGAUCCCAGUAGGAAUUAUUGGCACAGUCACUUUCUUUGGAACUGAAGUUUCCAUUGAGGUAUAUGCGUGGAUAAUUGUUCUUGUAUUACCCAUAAACUCAGCUCUCAAUCCCAUUCUAUAUACAUUGACAUCUGUAGUCAGACAAAAGGGACAACUUCAUAUGAAACGAUUAACACAGGAAAAUAUGCUUUUGAGAAAACAAUUGGACACAUUAAAGAGUUCAUCUUCGAUCACCAAGCAGUACUAGAAUGGAAAUAAAAUCUCUCAAAGCCUAUUUCACAAUAUACUGGUUUUGUCAUCUGUAACUCUUUUAUGUCAGUGCAAAUUAUUUUAAUAACCUACCCAUCAUAAAUGUAUUUUUUUUGUUCUGCUAAUUAAUAUGUACGAUUUUGUUUGUAAAAUAUAUAUAAUAUAUAUAAUUAUAAUAUCAUAAAGAAGAAUAUAUCGUUUUAGCUUUAUUGCGCCCUAAAAAUGUUAUGACAUCAAAAAGUUUUGAAACUGGCUUAAAUAGUAGUUAAGUAUAUGACUGUUAUAAAUCAGGAAAGAAUAUGGCAUGGAUGUUUACCAUUUUGCAAAUAUGACGUCAUUAAUGUGAUGCAUUUCUCUAUUUUCAACAGAAAAAGCCCCAAAAUGGCCAAUUUCAAAGGUGAUUUUCCUGUAGAAAAUAGUGUCAACAGCCUCCGCCCAAAUUAAUUUUUUUAAUAUUUUGUGCAAAGGUCAACAACAAGUCAUAUAUCUCAAGAUCUUUGUGGACGACGCCGGUGGACAAUAUUACCUGAAAGAAAAUUCUAUUGAAAAUUGGUGUCUUCUGCAAUUUUUUGACAAAGUACGGGAAAAUGUAAUUGUUUUUGACGUCACAAUUAGUAUUUAAAAACACACGUGAAAAAAUGUUUUGUAUGAUUUUUCUGCAUGGAAAACCAAUGAUUCAGAAAGCAUGAGUUUUCAACUUUUAUACUAGUUUCAUUUUUUAGAAAUUCACAGGGCAGAAUUUGCAUGGAAACCAUACCUUGUUAUUUAUACCUUUUGUAUUUUUAAUAUGUUAUCCUAUAAAGUAUGAUCACUGAUAUUCGCUAACAUUAAUAUUCUAAACUUUUUUAUAAACAUGAUUUUAUUUAUCCCGUACUUUAAUUUAAAUUUCAUUUUGUUUCAGCAUGCCGGUCUUAUAGUUGAUGUUGCAAUCACUAACAAAAAUCUACCAUAUUUAUGUGUAAAUCUAGUUUGCUAUAGAUAACUAUAGUAAAGACUUUGGUACUCUGACUUAUCAUGAAACUUUUAUCUUUUUUAAGAUUUUAAGAUUAAAACCGCUUUAGUUUGAUAAAAGGGAUACCGUGAUGAAAAAUUUGGAAAUGAUAUGUGAAUAUACAUGUAGUGGUUCCAUUUGAUUUCAAAUGUGCAUGUAUGAUUCGGAGACUAUAAAAUACAUCAAUCUAAUACAUAAACUAAUAGUUAAGUACUUUAAUACUUUAAUUUAUAAUAGCAAAAAAUUAUUUUGAUCUUUGGUACGAGAGUAAAUUUAUACUCCAUGUUUAUUGGUAUAUUAUUUACUAACGCACUAUAUCAAUAGUCCUGACAGAGAAACAUGAUUUUACAUAGAGUAUUUACACCUCCAGAAUUUCAAUUCUAAACCAUCCGAUCAUCAGAAAAGGAAUAAGCUCUGCGCAUGCUGGUUGCAAUAAAAAACUUUCACUUUUAGGUGAUUUUUAU